AUGUCCUCCACUCGUCCGGAGUUAAAGUUCUCAGAUGCAUCGGAGGAAAGAGGCUUUUAUAAACGGUUCUCCACGCUACCGGAAAAGCCAUCUCAAACUGUAAGAGUCGUCGAUAAAGGUGAAUACUACACCGUGGUUGGAAAUGACGCUAUCUUUGUAGCUGAAAACAUUUAUCACACCAGUUCGGUUUUGAAAGACUGCAGAAUCGACCCUGGAACCGCGAAAUCCAUUCACGAGCCUCUCAAGUACGUUACGAUCUCAUCUCAGGUUCUUUCAGGCCUUUUAAAAUUCUGCUUAUUGGAACAUGGAAUGAAAGUAGAGAUCUAUGACAAAUCGUGGAAGCCGCUCAGAAGCGGCUCGCCGGGAAACAUCGAACAAGUGGACGAUCUUAUGAAUAUCUCAUUUGAUUCCGCAAUUGUUCUUGCAAGUAUCAAGAUUCAACCUAACGCUCAGGAAGGAAAUUGUGUCUUAGGAGUGUCCUUCAUAGACAGCGGGUCUUACAAAUUGGGCAUGCUAGAUAUUGUUGAUAAUGAAGUGUUCUCAAAUUUGGAAAGUUUCCUAAUUCAAAUGGGUGUUAAAGAGUGUCUUCUCCCUGAUCAAAGAACAAAUGAAACAAUCUCUAACGAGCUAAAAAAAAUGGUUGGGGUCUUAGACCGUUGUGGCUGCGUCUCCACUUUCGUGAAAAACUCAGAAUUUACGCAUAAAGAUGUUGAACAAGACCUUGUCAAGCUAGUUGGGGACGAACUUUCAAUGUCGCUGAUGAAAUUUUCCAACUUGGCACUUGGGUCAUGUAAUGCUUUGCUGGGAUACUUGCAAAUCAUGGCCGAUGAAUCGCAGAUGGGAAAAUUUGAACUGGUUCAGCAUUCGCUCACUGAAUUUAUGAAAUUAGAUGCAUCCGCGCUUAAAGCACUUAACGUCUUUUCUUUGAACGGCCAAGCAUCGAAUGGCAUACCAGUGAGUCAUGGGACGCUUGGAAGCGGACCCAGAAUCAGCAGUCUUUUCCAGCUAUUGAAUAAGUGCAAGACCAAUGCUGGAGUAAGGUUAUUGAAUGAAUGGCUCAAGCAGCCUCUUACCGACGUUGAAGAAAUUGAAAAGAGACAUGAUUUGGUCGACUUCUUGAGCGACCAGCUUGAGCUUAGACAAGUGUUACAAACCGAGUACCUUCCAUUAGUUCCAGACGUGAGAAGGUUAACAAAAAAACUGAUAAGAAACGGCAAUCUCGAGGAUGUCCUUAAAAUCUAUCAAUUUGCCAGGAAGGUUCCUGAAAUAUCACAGGUAUUGGACGAGUAUUUGAAGGACGUCACUGAUGAUUCUUCGAUAAAACUUCUAGUUUUGAAUACCUGGCAAAAGCCCUUAACUGAACAUCUGGCUCCUCUCGACAAAUUUCAGGAGAUGGUGGAAGCAACUGUUGAUUUGGACGCUUACGAGUCUACAAACGAAUUCAUGAUUAAGGUUGACUUCAAUGAAGACUUAGCUAAGAUUCGUGGUGAUUUGGACAGUUUGAAAGAUAAAAUAAAGACCAUUCAUCUUGACGCUGCCGAGGAAUUGGGAUUUGACCCCGAAAAGAAGCUUAAGUUGGAAAAUCAUCAUACUCAUGGCUGGUGUAUGAGGCUGACAAGAAACGAUGGAAAAGAACUUCGCCAACAUAAGAAAUUCCUGGAGCUGACAACGGUGAAAGCAGGUAUUUACUUCAGCACCAAAGAGCUCAAGCAGAUAUCAGAACAAACGGCCCUUCUACAAAAAGAAUACGACCGAUUGCAGUUCGAUCUCGUGAAAGAGAUAGUGCAAAUAACAUUAACUUACACGCCUGUUCUGGAAAAACUGUCGAUCGUGCUAGCUAAAUUGGAUGUUCUGAGCUCAUUCGCCCAUGUAUCAUCGUAUGCCCCAAUUCCGUACGUCAGGCCCACGAUGCAUGGACUUGGCACGCAACGAAAGACUGAACUCAUUGCAUCACGGCACCCAGUUCUUGAAGUUCAGGACGAUGUGGCCUUUAUUUCGAAUGACGUUCGCCUAGAGAGUGGUAAGAACGAAUUUCUCAUAAUCACAGGACCCAAUAUGGGCGGUAAAUCUACCUACAUCCGCCAAGUGGGAGUUAUUUCGCUGAUGGCGCAAAUAGGAUGCUUUGUACCUUGUGACACAGCGGAAAUUGCGGUCGUAGACGCUGUUUUGUGUCGUGUGGGAGCCGGGGACUCGCAAUUGAAAGGUGUUUCGACCUUUAUGGUAGAAAUGCUGGAAACAGCAUCAAUUCUCAAGAACGCUACGGAAAACUCGCUGAUUAUUGCCGACGAACUGGGGAGAGGAACAAGCACGUAUGACGGGUUUGGACUUGCAUGGGCGAUAUCUGAACACAUUGCUACCAAAAUCAAAUGUUUUGCAUUAUUUGCAACCCAUUUCCACGAGCUCACAUUAUUGGCCAACGAAGUCCACACGGUUCAAAACAUGCAUGUCAUUGCCCAUAUAGAAGACGUGAAUGCAGGUUCUCACUCUGAGGACGACAUUACAUUACUCUACAAAGUCGAGCCAGGUAUUUCCGACCAGUCUUUCGGUAUUCAUGUGGCUGAAGUUGUACAGUUCCCCACCAAAAUCGUCUCCAUGGCAAAGCGAAAAGCUGCUGAGCUUGAAAACCUCAAACAGGACUCUCAAAUGCUGAAAAAGCAAAAGUGCACGUCUGACGAGAUCGCAGAGGGCACUCAAGUUCUGAAAACCCUACUUAAAGGAUGGGUGAAAGAAGUUCGCGACGAAGGUUUCGAGGAUUCCAUCACCGAAGAACAAAGCCAAGAGAAGAUACUACAGCUGCUCAGAAAGGUAACAACGACAUCUGCUCAUUCCGACAACAAAUUCAUCAAAGAGAUAUCCCAGCUUUUGAUGUGA